GACUUUCCCUCACUGGCAUUGCUCUGCUGCAGUGCUGCGUUCCUGCGAUUGCCAGACAACUUUAUCACUCGCAGGCUGCAGCGAGCAUCGUUGCACUAUUGACAAUCUACGCUGCCACCUUCAGUCCACUACUACUGCAAUCGAUAUUUACGGAGUGGAUUAAACCAAAGCACAAGGAUGCGUCUCUUCCGGCUGAGCGCUCUGGCGCUGGCGGCCGAAUGCGCCCACGGUUACCUCGACACCACACCCUUCUUCAUGUUCUCAACCUCAGAACUUCUAAGCUCGUCCUCCUCCCAAAUCCAAGCCGCGUCUACAGUCGUCUCAGACAUCGCCUCAUCAUUAUCGCAAUGUCCCUCAGACUACUACAUCCUAGUAUCACAACCGGGCGUCCACAGCAACGACUAUGGAUCUGUGAAAUCCACGCCUGCGCUCGCGAAAGCGAUAUCCAAACAACACCCAAAAACAGGAAUCAGAAGCAACAUGGUCAUUCCCGACGUACAGGGCACCAUCACACCGUCGACGUGGGUUGAAACCCUCCAAGUGAAAUGCGGCGUCGAAUCCGCUACUGUUGUUGACGCCUCAGAGGGUUCUAUCCCUACAACCUUCAAGUCACGUCUGAUCCAAGUCAAGCUACCGGCACCGGCAUCAUCCGUGACUAAAGCUAAAGAACUGAAUGCCAACGAUGCCUUUUUGGCUUCUGUUCUUGAUCUUCUCCCGAACCAAAACUAUACUGUUCUCUACUAUACGACGACGACGUCGCAGGAUGGUCCAGCACAUGAACAGCCCAAAGAGUAUGAGAUGCUGGACUCGGAGUGGUCGCCAAUCGAGGAGUCACUCCUACAUCUGGAUCUGAAGAGAGAUCUCGGUGUUCAUCAGAAACAAAACAACCAGACUCAGGUUGACGGACCGCUGUUUGACAGAUACCAGUUCUUCACGCCUGGCAUUUACAUGGGUUUCCUGGUUGGACUCCUUCUCCUGACCAUUCUCUACGUCGCCAUUUCUGCUGUCGCAUCUCUUCAGGUCACAUAUGCGGCGUUUGAUAAGGAGACAGGCGCUCUGGCCGGGAAGAAGCAACAGCAGUAAUAGUGGUGGCAGUACUACCAGUUGUAAAAGAUAAGACAUAUCUACCUAGCUAGCUAGUGUUAACGGUGUUUCAGCCCAUGGGGGGGUUUUGUUUUCAAAAGGGCAAUCAAUACAAGAGGAACCUAUUUAAAUGUCUGCUCCAAGUCCGUUCGGAGAAAUGUGUUUCCAAUCCAGAUCUAUGCAGCAGUGGUCAGGUGGUCAGCCAGCUGCCUUAUCAACCUAGGUACUGUGGUUACGAGGCCGCCGGGUAUCAAGCUUGUCUGCUACUAGACACCUAACAGGGAGCCUGGAUGUUGCUGAUCCUAGUAACUAGUUGUUCGGUUGGCGUCCUUUAUCUGAUGAAGCCUACCUACCUACAUGGACUAGUAGUCUAGUCUCUGUUAGUAGCACACCAUUCCAUUACCAUUACCAUUACCAUUCCCUUUCCAAAACAUUGC